CAAUAAUGAAAACGAGACCCAGGGGACUUUUUUUUCUUUAGUUUUCAAUUCAAUACACAGAUAAAUACUCAGUAUAGAGGGCGUAGUGGCGUGACCCCGGUCCAUCAGAAUUUAUGACCUCAGGAAUCGUGUAAUUGUCGCUCAAUGACUCAAAAUCCGCUACAACAAAGAUCCGAGCGCAUCAUCUUAGUACUGAACUAUUCAACUACACGUAAUAUGGAGGGGUAUUGGAUUUAUAUUGUGUUGUUUUUAUUAUUUUCUGGAAAAACUUUUUCUCAAACAGAAACAACAUUUGUAACAACCCCUAAAGUGGUCGAGGCCAAGCUAGGAGAACAGGUCAGCUUCUUCUUAACCUACACGACACAAGAUAAUUCCUCUGAAUUUACCGUCACUAGUCUAAAUGGGAUGUAUGAAGUCAUCAAAAUCGUCGAUACAAACAUCACCACGAACUCUUCAUGGACAAUGGACGCUAAUGUGCAGGUGAGUGCGAUAGAUGGCAGCACAAGAAAAGUGAACAUAAUGAUAUACAUCGUGAACUUCCAGAUCCAUGAUGGAGACUACAGGGUCAAAGUUGAAGGGUCAGAUGGCAUGGGAGAGGAUACUUUGCUCAUAAGGACUAUUGCUUCCCCAGAUAAACUACAACUGGCUGCCAGUGCACCGGACGUUCAAGAAAGGAUGACCAUACAAUUCACCUGCAAGGGAAACACAGGGAGACCGCGCCCUAUCGUCCAUCUCUUACGCCGGGAUGUAUACAACGGCACCAGCAACAGGACAUUUCACCCUAUCAUGUCUACGACCACUCCCGAUAUAUUACCGCAAUUUGAGAACGGCACGUUUGAUCUGACACAUGCCUUUUCUUAUACUGUGCAGUGGCAUGACAACUUUGCCGAGUUUCGAUGUGACAUCUCUUACGACGUAGGCCUUGGUACUGAACUGUCGUCUGCUCAGAGUGAUAGCGUCACCAUAAACGUCACAUCUACCCGAUCCCUGCAGAUUCAGGCCCAACCAACGAUCGUAGAACUGGGAAAGGAUGGAGUAAAUAUAAUAUGUUCUGUUACCAGCUCACUGCUAACACAAGUAUUUGUCAUACAACUGCAGAGAAACACAUCGACCGGCUUUGAAAAUACUGCUUCAGUUACCGGACAGGGUACAUCAUAUCAGGAUACGUCACUAAGGGAUAGGACUACCUUAACAGGCGCCGUGAGUCCGGUCUCGUCCGCAUUUCUUCAGUUAUUUUUCCCCAGCAGUAAUUUAACAUGUCCCGGGGAUUUCACAGAGUAUAAGUGUACCCUUAGUGCUUUUGACACGGGUCUUGUUAAUCAGGAAACUGGACCAUUACAGAAGACUUUUAGAGUUCAACCAGCACAGAUUGCGGCACCUAGCGUCAGAAUUCAAGGUGAAUCUUACACAUCUAGAAGACAAUUUCAAGUAGGGACUACCAUACAGCUGACUUGUACUGGACAAAUCGGCAGUGACCCCAGCGCUACAAUACGUUGGUGUGCUAAGACUGCUGAUGCCUCAUCUUUCACGGGGCUACCGGAGGCCCCAGUCCACUCCCAGGCCUCCAAGGCAGGGUGUCAAUACACCCGUUCCAGUACCAUCACCUACAACCUCACCAGCAGUGACACCGGUACACAGUUCCUGUGUGAGUCCGGUUAUUCUUCUCUUUGCGGAUCUGGAACAGCUAUGCAGUAUGUUAACAUAUCUAUCGGGGAAGAAACUGAGACAACUCCAGAAACGACAGAGAUGAAUAGGCCUACAACUCCUCAAGGAGAUUCGUCAACCUCGACUGAAGACUCGUCUUCACAGACUGGUAAAGAUGAUAUCGCCAUCAUUAUUGGGAGCGUGGUCGGAGGAGUUGUGGUUCUUGUCGUCAUCAUUCUUCUGGUUUAUUUCUUGGUGCUUCGCAGAAAAUCAGGGUCAGGAUUCGGAUCGUCGGCUGAAUCUUCCAAUGACAAAGCAACGGGAAAUGUUCCAGGAUAUAAUGGGCCAUCUAAUUCAGAGGGAUCUGUUUAUAGUAUGCCCGUUAAAAACAACAACGCCCCAGAAAAACAGCCACGUAGGACAAAACCCAAACAUUACCAAGAGGAUCAACAAAACACUCCUUCUGGUGGUCAUGAAAAUGAAGCCCUGGAUGAUGAACACACGGAAAAACGAGAGAGAGGCAAUGACAAUCCACAGAAUAAGCUUAGUUACACCAAUACCAUGAUGAAUGACGACCACAACGGUGAGGUGACAGCAAUGUGAUGCAAGCCAGCUUACUGACCGUGCAUCCGGUGAAUGAAGAAAUUAAUGACUGUUCACAACCAUAUUUACCAUUUAAACAAGGAAGGAUAUGUCUGGAUAAACAAGUGGAUGCAGGGGUAUCUACACGAAAAUAAUCAGGAUUAUUGCUUUUUUACACUAAUACAAGUUUAAGCUGCAAGACAAUGAUUUAAGCAUUGACUACUUUUCAUAAAUGGUUCUGCCUUUCUUGGUAAGAAGGAUGUGUGUCUUGCAAAUAUAAACCAUAGUUAUUUAAAGUUUACUGCAAUGAACAAUAAUUUUCUUUAGCACAAAGUUUUUACUAUGUAUAUCAACGAUUUAGGUAUAGUAAUUCGAGCUUACUCGAGUUUACUAUGAUUUU